CUCAUGAUUUUCAACUUAGUUUAGAUAUUUGUAAAGGUAAACGUCCUAAAAUCAUUAAAAAUAUUCCACAAUGUUAUAUAGAUUUAAUGAAAAAAUGCUGGAAUAUGGAUCUAUUAAAAAGACCAACUGUAAUAGAAAUUAAAAAGAUUAUUAAAA